UUUCUUUGAAGAAAAUGUCAAGGAUGAAAACCGUUGGCAAGCCUCCACUUGCUAAAUCGCCCACCAGGCUGCGUCCUCGCCGUUCUAUUCGAUCUGAAUCCACCACUUCACAGACUCCUCCUGGUUCUUUAGCUAAAUCUCAGAGACCAAACCGGAAAUGGGACAUGGAAGAAUCUGAUCUCCGCCCUGAAUACCAAUCAAUAUCCUGGGAAUUACGUGCUCUAGCGAAGAUGGCUCGCGGUGAAUUUGGAAAUGGGGAGUCUAGUAAUGGUGGAGUUGGUCUAAGUUUGAGUGCAAAUUCUAGCCCUUUGUUUGAGAGAGGCAGGUUUUAUGAGGAGUAUUCUGUUAGGAGAAAUGAGAGGUUGAAGAGAAAGAAAGGAGACACAGGUAAUGAGGUGAAGACUCCUUGUAAUCUUGGAGUAACUAUUGAGUCUUCAAAGAGGAGGGAUUCGAAGAAGCUUGAGAGCUUGAGGAAAUCUGUUUCUGCUGCUUACUAUGUGGAGAGAAAUGAGAAUUCAAGGUACAUGUUGAGGAGCAUGAAUAAAGAGAACAAGAAGCCUCCUUUGCCUGUUUACAAUUACGAGAAAUCUGUGCUUGCAAGUGAAAGGAAAGUUACUGCUCGGAAGGCUAGGAAAAUCUGAGUGUUCGAAUUGGGUUUUAAAGAUGGUUUUAUUGAUUUUGAAUCUUCUUUGGGAAUUUGCUUUGUAAGGGAAACUGGAUCCUACGUCAUACUCUUAUGAGUAUUAUUAUUGUUUCAAAAGCCUGUUUGGGUUCAAGCA